AUGUUGUACCUUCACUUAUUAGUCUUUUGUUUUAGUUUAGUUAAUUCUAAUAUUUAUAACGUCAAAAUUUUUACUGACAAUUAUAUAAAUCUCGUAGACAGGCGCUUCUUGAGUUUAAGUGUUGAUCCUAAGGAUCUAUUUGCAUCCAUUGAAAAACAUAACAGCAAAGAAUGCAGUUGCAUGGCUUCUGCCUUGACGCCGGCGUUUCUGCGUAUUGCUGGGCCAUCCACAGAGCACCUUACUUUCAUAAACAACACGUUCGCUUUUGAUAAUCAACCUGGAUGGCAGUCUAAAGAUGACCUUAUAACAGUAACACAAAAACAGUGGGAGAAAUUCAUUAAAUCUUCGAAUACUACUGGAUUCGACCUGGUGUUUGCCUUAAACAGUGAUCAGAAGACUAAUGCGGGUAUGUGGGACGCAAACACCGCUUUAAAUGUCCUAACAGCGGCUGAUCGUUUAGAUUUGGCUAAUGUCUUUUGGCAAUUGGGUUAUGAAUGCAAGAACCAGUCUAUAGAAGAAUACCUUAACGAUAUGGAAACCCUUAGAGUAAUAACAGAGACGUUUUCACGUCCUGGGUGGAAAGUUGUGGGAGGUGACGUCACACCCUGUCUGCAUCUACACUCCAAAAGUGACUUCAGGGAUUACGUCACCUUGUCAAAUGACGUGAUGGACGCUUUGUUCUUAAAUGGCAACUCAUCCUCGCAAGAACUUGAAAGAAUGUCAGAGAAGGACCGUAGGAAACUACUUAAGGUCUUCGCCAAGAGUCAAAUUCCGUUAUGGCUGACAGAGCGGACCCAUACAAAAACGGAGUUGCACAGGGCAGCCGAAUGGCUUGCCAGUCUUGGCUUUGCAGCCCGGAAUGGCUUUUCGAUACACUACAGGGAUUUGCUUGAAGAGGAACUGCAUGAACCUACACUGAGUUUCUACAUGGCUCUCCUAUUCAAAAAUCUUGUUGGUGAACGAGUUUUGGACGUCGAUAUAGACGUAACAAACGCAACUCUCUUCGCACACUGUACUUCCCUCGAUCACAAACCGAUUCCUGGUGCUUUGACACUAUAUGGUGCUAAUAUGGACGAUGAACCAGCUCGGUUCUCAAUCAAGUUACCCAAGAAAGAAUUAGGGGGUGAUAUUAUGCAGUUCGUACUAAGUCUUGAUAAAAAUGAAAAUAUUGUGGUAAAUAGCCACGCCAUGUAUUACGAAGGAGAUAUUCGGCCCGUAGUUAAACACGUUCGUCCAUACAAAUCAUUACUCAUAAGUCUCCCUCCUAAAUCAUUUGGAUUUUGGGUAUUAGCAAAUACUCAAGUUCAAGCUUGCCGUGAGCUAGCUAAAGAAAAAUUUGAAGACAGUUCUGAAGUUGUAGUUUUAAGUGAAGAAGAACCACGUACAAGGAGAAUUAAAAGAUCGGAUAUCCGUGAGAAUACAUCAAAUGAUAUAGAAAUAUUAGACCAACUUAAAAGUAGCUUGGCACAAAACAAGGCAGCCUUACGGGAUCGGCUGUUUGGGAUAAAUAAAGACUUGAAGAAAAUUCAUACCAUUUUUCAAGCCAAAAUGAACAACAAUGCGUUUAAUAGACUUAGAAGAGAAUCUCAAAAUAGCCAUGAACAUUUUUAUAGGAAGCCUAGAAGAAAACUUAUAGGCAUAAGUAAAAAUCUACCUUUUAGUUCUAAUUUAAUAAGCAAAAUUCGUGAUGUAACAAGUGACUUUACACGCACCAAAGAUUUUUUGAGGAAAAACAAUAAAAAUAGCGUAAUAACGAAAAAUAAUAAACGCAGAAGAUACUCAGAGCCUAGAGAAAUGCGAACAAAUAGAAAAGGUAUAGGUAAAAAAGUAAAUAAAGAAUCUGAAGACUUUAGUAAUGGAUUGGAUAUUAAGAAUAAGAAAUUAAACGAAGACUUGCAAUUGCAAAGACUUGACGUUGGCGAAGACGCUACAAGAAAACGACGUAGUAUUGCACGGAAUAGUUUACCAAAGUAUGAUGAAGUUGAUUCAUUAGAAAACGCUAUAGACUUGGAUAGUAAGGAGAACAGAAAAUUUGCUAAAAUUUUCAAUAAAGUAAAGAAAAUGGGAAAUCUACCAAUGGAUAUUGCUCUCAAAAAUGAUGAUUAUGAAAAUAUUGAUGAAAAUUUAAAUGCAAUCGUCUUGGAAACAAAGAUAGAAGAUGAUGGUGCAAUAAUUAAAAUCAGCGAAAAUCCAAAUUCUAAAAUAAUAUCUUCAACACUCGAAGACGUAAUAUCAUUCUUUUCUAAUAUCAACAAGAAAUUGAAAAAAGUCUGGGAUAUGACUACACUUUUAGACUAA